CUUUCAGAUUAAUUCUUCGUGUUCCUAGCCUUCGAGCAUCAAUCUCCUGCUUGUACUAUUUGCUAGUGGGAGCGGGAACCAUGCAUCAUCUUAUCUUGUAUAGUUUUUUCUUCUUUUUUUUGCGAAACUAUCUUGUAUAGUUCUUGAUAAGCAGCUUUCUUGUCUAUCGGCAUAGGUUUUCGGCAAAUUAGUUGGAUAUAAUUCUCUUCUUCUGAAUCUGUCAAUGAAAGUUCGAAGCCCUUCGCCAAUGUUUUUUAUAAAAAGAAAAAAAACUUGAGUAGCAUGUAGGAAAGGAAAUGCCAGCCGUAAUGCUGUUGCAUGCAGACGGUAAAGUGGUGAGCAGGACCCACAUUUUGGACGGAACUCGACGUCCACGGGCGUGUUGACAAAGUUGCUUGUGAGUGGUCAAAAGAGAAAGAGACGGCGUUUUCAAGUGUGCGCUACAGUAGUGCCCUUUUGUUUUGCAUUUGUGUUGGUCAAAAGAUGGGAGUUGCAGCUAGCAGCAGCAGCAGCAGCAGCACAGGGGAUCAUGUUCUUUGCUUGUUUGCAAAACAACUUGACAUGCGUAGCUAAAAUAAGUAGUAAUACUGUGGUAAAUUCAAGUUAACGAUGAGUUAUAUAGAUCCAAAGGCACAAGAAAUUCCAGCUCAAAGAUAAAGGGCACAAAAAUUAAAUUAAUCCAUAAGGCCAUUUGUCACCUGUAAUUUCGCAUAACCGUGCCCUCUCUAGUUCAUCCGGUUCUUGUAGCCACUAUCUUUUCCUAUUUUUCUUGAUUCCGUGUGGGAAAAAUAAUCAAGCAAACAGAGGACAUCUGUCUUUCCAUAUAGAAGAAGUGAAUUGACAAUUAAUAAGAAAAACUUACCGAAAACAAAUACGACACAUGCACACUCACCCUGUCCGGAGGCUGCAUACAAAAUGAGUGUACGACUUUGCCACCCAAUGACCAGAGUCGGCAUCCUACAACACGACUUGGAGCCGCCGCCCCGCCUUACAUGAAACACACACACGCCGGCUCCAAGGCCGCGUACCAGCCGAGUUGACGACUCUGCCAUCCAAACGAUUAGAGUGAAUAGUCAAUAAACCCACACUAGAGUUGCCGCUCCGGCUUACGCACCAGCCCCGGGGCCACAGACCUACCUAUGCGACGCUGAAGCUACAAAACACACACAGGACACUGCCGCCAAAUAGAAGACCGGACCUCUAAGGCAACACAUCCAUGGGAGAACCGACGGGUACGCCACGGACGCCUGCUCCGGCCGAAGCCAAAACAUGGAUUUUUAUCUGGAGAAGUUUGAGACCCAAACGACAGGGGAGGUGAAGGAGCCCCACCCCCAUGACGAUGCCUCUAAGGAGGGAAACAACGUCAUUGGAAUCUACCGAAGUCGGUGCGAUGCUUUCACCUAGCACUCACCAAACCCCAAAUCAAUGCGCCCAGUCUUCAACCGAGUCACAAUAACCAUGCAUCUUGGACAACUCGACAUUGCCCCACCACGGUGCAUGAUGUCCGUCAAUGUUGAGCCGCCUCAAUUGAGCAACCACUCACGCUACGCAACCGCAUACGGUACCCGAGGCAGCAUUUGACGGCCGAUAGCCGCCCCACCCUUGGGCCCAUCCACUGACCACCACCAAUGGACCACGCGCGAUGCAAUGCAACGUCGCGCCUGCGACCGAGCUGCAACCACCCUACAUUGAAGCGUGACGACAAUCACAUGAAUGUAUUGUGUGUUAGUGUCACCAUGAACCAUGAAUUGUGCCUUAGAGCGUUUACGAUAUGAUCUCCUUCUCGCGGAAAAGAUGAGUGUUAUGCUCAUUUAAUUGUCUUAAGUUCAAUAUUGAUCAAGGACGACCUAAGAUUUUUUUUCAUAUAAACCAGCAAUGUGUGUCGCCCAUCCAUGUAGGAAACGCCGUAUUGCGGUUAUCUAAUAGUUAUACUGUUGAAUGUGCAUCCUUCCCCUAGACUGCAUAUCCCACACUUUCUUGAUCAACUCGGAAAGCCCUCUCUGAUGAGCCAUCAGACUUGAACUUAAACUUAUGGUUGCGGCUUGACACAAUGGCGGAACAAAGUCUAUUGGAAGUGGAGCAUGAUCCGACAACGACUUGAUGCGUUCUAGCGCCCAGACCAAUACAAGGGGAAACUUAAAAUUCCAAUUAGUGGUAGCCAGGACACGUUCAAGCUUCUCAUAAGUAGAAUCAACACGACGAUUUGCCCAGGUGACCUGAUGGCUCGAUAUGUCGAUCUCUAUCAAAUCCAAAUUGCUAAUGACAUCAUUGAACGGAAAAGGUCACCGAUUGUCAAAAUGGUCUUUAUUCUUUUCUCGGUGAUAAUGAAGAUAUUAAAAUUCCCACAAAUUAACAUGGAUUAUGGUUAUCACUACAAAUAUUGACCGGUUCCUUAAACUCCUCCUGAGCAACACCAUACACAACAACUAAGCCCCAUAAGAAGGUGUCAUACUUGUUCUAAAGGUGAAAUUUGAUGUGAUACUCCCUUUGAAACAGCGCACGCGUACAUCAAGAAUGGAAGCCAAGUAAAAUUCCACUCGAUCGUCCAUAUGCAGGCCGAAUACUUCAGUCGAAAUCAACACCAUUUUUCUCGAAUUCCCCACAAAACCCAUAAACAUCUCUAGGAGUUGAGCAGCUCGCAGCAGUGAAGUGAUGCAGGGAGGUCCAGGCUACGGGUACGGCGGCUACGGCUACGGUGCCGGCUAUGACAUGACCGGGUACGGCAACGGCGGAGCGUACUACACCAACGACCGGUACCCCACGCCGGCACCGGCGCCGGCUGCCUAUGAGGACCCGCUCGCCGGUCGGAGGCAGCACGAUUUCCCGGCGCCGCUCACCGGGCUCGAGUUCCAGCCGUCGGAUGCCUGCCCCAAGAACUACGUCAUCUUUGAUCAGACCUACGACCGGAGCAGGGUCAUGUACAACCCGUCGCUGCCCAACAACUUCGGUUCCUCCGGGGGCUAUGACCAGCACGGCAACAACGGUGGCUACGAUCACGGCAAGGGCACCUACUACGGCGGCGGCGAAUGCUCGAUCCGGCAGAAGGAGGACAGCGGCGAGAUCGACGCGCUGAUGAGCUCCGAGGAGGAGGACGACGUGCUGAGCACGGGUCGCACUUCAGGGAGCCACGGCGAGGGCUCGCCGGACUCCACGUGCUCCCCCGGGUACGUGGUGAGCGUCAGCCCGAGUGGCGGCGGAGGUGGCGAGAGGAAGAAAAACCGGAUGAAGAAGAUGAUGAAGACGCUCAAGGGGAUCAUCCCCGGCGGCGACCGGAUGGACACGCCCGCCGCCCUCGACGAGGCCGUCAAGUACCUCAAGUCGCUCAAGGUAGAGGCCAAGAAGCACGGGGUGCGCGGAUCAAGAAGCUAGAUAGCGACCUCACAUGGCAACGCAGGGCGACUCAAUGAGCUCAAUGAUGGGGGCGGAAGACCGGGUAGCUUGGUGCUCCUUUUUGCACUGCCAGUGCCAUGAUUUCACCUCGUGGAGCUCCCGAGGAUCAGUGCAAAGGAAUGAUGAUGGAUGGUGUUGUAACUAUCAGGCCGAUUAUAUACACCGUGUUUUUGUUUAUCCCCGUUGGGCUCCGCAUUGCACAGUUGCUUACCAUGUUGUUGUUGUCUUGCGCUUAGUGCUUUUGAAUAGUGUUUGUGUUUACCUAGGCACAUAUUACCAUUUCACUAAU